ACAUUUGACCAGGUGUCACUUGGUAUCAGACCGUAACUUCAGUGGCGAGACAAUUAUGAUUAUCACACUUAUGGCCGCAUGAACUCAUUGGCACGCAAGUUCUGGGACUGUACAGUAACAGUGUGAUUGGAAUGUUGGCGUGGAUAGUCACGGAGAAAUCCGCAGUAUCACAGACUACAACAUUUAUUUGUAGAUUAUGAUUUUAUGUUGUAAUAAAGUUUGUAAUAGUUUUAAAGCAAAAGAUUAAAACUUAUAAUAUAUAUUAAUUUUUUUUGAAAAUGACGCUGGAGAAUAUUUUUGAAGAUGUUGGUGGAUUAAAUAAGUUUCAGCUAUUGAUGAUUCUUGGAAUCUACUGCCUGAAAAUUCCGGUAAGUAAAAGAAAACAUUAAAUAAAUUGUUGAAUCUUUGCAUGAAAAUGUGCAGAAUUGGUGUUCUAAUCGUGUGCUCAUGUUUGAUAAACAUAUUCAAAUUAACACUGUAUAUGUUCUAGCGUAUCAAAGAUGGCAGCUGUCAAAGUCAAUAUUUUCCUCAAAACUUUCUUGAUUCACUAAUUUAAAUGCAGGUUGUCGAUUAAUAAAAUGAGUAGUUAUAGAAUAUUUUUGUAUUCAUCAUCUAAUAAAACUCAUUAAAAAGGAACUAAAGGUAGAAAUAAAAUUUCAAUCUCGUUCUUUAGUUUUCGAUGAAUGUAAUUAUAUGUCUACAUUUAUUGACCCAUCAUUCACAGAUAUACAUUAAAAAAAGUAGGCAUAUAUCGAGUGUCCUGUACAUCUCACAAAUCAAUUUCUACGGAUUAAUUGUUGUAUUAAUUCCAUCGAUCUACUUAUUCAUGCGCGCACUUUUACUAGCUAAGGACUCUGCCAAUUUAACAUUUUAGUUAUCCAUGCUUCAAAAUAUCGUAUAAUACUCCAUCCAAGUAUUUUCAUCUCUACUGUUAUCCAUGCCUUCACAGAGUGGAUGGAGCAUGAUGCAAAUGUCCUUUGCAGGACUGGUUCCCUCAUUUCUCUGUGUGACGGACACUGACGUAACCCCCUAUGAGUUAGAAGGUGAUCCACUCCAUGGCAUGACCAACAGCACUCUGAACGUCUGCCAGGUCAAUGGGUCAGCGUGUAGUCACUACGAGUUCCUGGGCGCGGCUCAUUCCAUUGUAUCUGAGGUGAGGAAGGAUUGCACCGGACGAUAUCGAUACUUCAUUGUGUCCUACGGGAUAAUGAGUUCAGGGCUUCUUCAAGCAUCUAUUCAGAAAAGGGGAGGGGGGGGGGCACUUAAGAUUUCUUCUUUUUUUUGAAGACUUUUUUUUGAAGGGGGGGGGCAGUGCCAGCAGUGCCAGUUGAUUUAUUGUUGGACAUAUUUUUUCUCGGGGAGUGGGGGGGGGACUCUUGGCUUUCCCCGGGGUGCCAUUCCCCGGAGAUAUGGCUGAAAGAAACCCUGGAGGCACUGACACCCCGGAAAAAUCUAAGUGCCCCACAGAGCAAAAUGUAUAAAACAAUACAAUGCAAAUAUACUUUAUAAAAGCUUCUAAACUUUCCUUUCACAAAAAAAUAAAGUAUGGUAACAGUGCCAUUAACUGUUUACAACUUGUAAAUAAUUCAAUGGAACAUCGCUACGCUAAUAUUGACACAGGCUGCACAUUUGAUGAUUAAUAUCUUACUCUUUCAAAACUUGGCCGCACCCGAUUAUAAUCCAAAGUCUUACUUCAUGUUCUUCGCAUAUAUCGGUAUUUUUAUUUAAUUGUAUUUUGUAACUUAACAAGUUUAAAAACUUUCACAACACGAUUUUAAACUACAUUUACAAACUUAUGAAUGUAUGAUAUGAUUGUAUUACAGUUGUCGUUAAGUAUCAAGCAUGUUCAAUUUGUUUUCAAAUUAUAUUUCAUCAUAAGGGCGUGACUUAUAAAGUACGGAUAAAUGUUAAUUAUAAAUUGUAUGUGGCAUCAUGCUUUAAAAAAUAUAGUUAUUAUAUAAUAAUUUUUUUAAUAAUUUUCUAUUUCUUUGAUGUUGAGAUAAAAAAAAAAGAAAACUUUAAACAAGAAAUGUUUUUUUAAUACCAAAAAUUAAGAGCAAAAACAUGAGCAAAAAUAUAGCGCUCGUUUCAGCAACUAUAAUUUCGAAAAUUUUUGUGUUUUCCUUAAAUGUGCUACUUUUGUAAUAAAGUUUCUUGAAUAACAGGGCUUUUUUUUUUGAUUAGCCAAUAUUUUGUACAUUCCCAAUGAGUUUCUCUUUUUAAUAUCAUAAUAAUAAAGAAUCUGCCUGAAGUUUUAAAAAAAUAUUAUUUUUUUAGAUGAAAAUGCAGAAGAAAGCAAUCACGCACGCACGGACACACACACACACACACACGCACGCACACGCCCCCCCCCACACACACACGCACACACACACACCGACACACACGAAAGUUGAAGUGAAAUAGCAUUUCGAUAAUGAUGCUGAAUCCAUUCUGUGGGAGGUACUCAGUUUAGAAGUAAGUGUUCGUCCUCAAGGCGUUAGUUCUAUGAAUUUCUUUCUUUUUUAUAUGUUUUUUUAAGUAUAUUGACGAGACAAUUUGCAUUUAUUUAUUUGCAAAAAGCUUUAGUAGUUUGAAAUUUCAAAAAAUUAUUAUAAUCAACUGAAUUUUGAAACUUAUUGUAUUUUUAAUAGAUUUGAAAAAAUAUAUAUUUCCUUCAUAUAAAUAAAUCAUUAACAAAUAUAAUAAUAUGAUGUAAUUGUAAACAUCUCAUGCCCUCUUAACUCAAAUAUAAUGUUCAUAUACGAUUUACAAUAAAGACCAGUUCUUGAAAACCAUACAAAUGUAUAUACCUUUUUCCAAAACAGUUUUUUUUUCCGCCAUGAUUCUAAUGAAACUUGAAAAUCUUUAGAACAGUUAAUUAUUACAAGAAUUUUUUUUUCUCGUUUGGAUUCUAUAUUUAAAAUGAAGCUAGCAACUUUUUGUGCUGAAAAAUUUUUUGGAAGGUAUUUUUUUAAAAAUAUUUUUUCAACUCAUUAAUUUUGUAGGAGUUUACACUAUAAAUAGAUUAAAUAAAAACUCAAAGAAAUAUAAGAACAAGGUUUGCCACACUUUAAUUCAUAAACAGGACAAACCAUUUUUCCGUUUCGAGUUACAGCUUUCAUCCGAAAAGAAGACACAAAGAAGUAUAGCAAGUAUAGAAAGUAUAGCAAGUAUAGCAAGUAUAGCAAGUAUCAGAUAACAAUAAAAAAAAUUUUUGGAUAUUUCCUUUUGUUGCCGGAAGUAGGUUUACAGAAAGUGAAAGAAUAUAAAUAUGGGUAUUGGGAAAUAUGAGAAUAAGGUAGAUAAUCUUAACAGACCAAAAUAUUUAGGGCUACAAAAAAUCUAAGAAAUAAGAAAAUAAAAGAAUAAAACAGGGAAAUUGAGAAACAUUAAUAAGAGACUAUUUGAUUCAUACCAUGUGGAGAUAUGGCAACGAAAAGAUGAAAAAAUGUGUUUUCCAUUUUCACUCUCUCUUGUGUGUUCGUGCAAAACAUUAGUGCCGUAAUGGAUUCAUCUAAUGCACCAUUUUGUUGCCCUCUGUUAAAGUGUGAAGAGACUGGGGAAAGUUUACCUUGUUCAAUAUCCCGAAGAUAUUCUGUGAAGCUAUCUGCCCAUCUUCUCCCUGUUUCGCCCAAGUGACUCUCGAAUGCCGUCUACAAAACGCAACACUCUUCCUUCAAGCUGAUCAGUGUCACCUUACGGUGUUGAAUAUAAGGUUUUUCCAAAUGAUUAUUACCGUGAAAGAAAUAACUCUGCAGUUAUCCGAAGAUGCCGCACCUCGAUAUAAUAAAAUUGACAUGUAAGAGGGCCACCCCAUUCACCUCCAUUUCUACGCCUCUGGCAAAGUGUAGCUACAUUGUUUUGGACCAGGAGAAAAUAUUCCUUUUUACGCUGCCCCCUCAUCUCCGAAAUUGAAACCUAUUUUUUUUUCCAUUACAUACAAACCAAAACUUAUUUUGGCACCCACGCUAGUUUGAUGCCCGGGGACAUCAGUCCCCUCUGCCCCAUCAGCUACGCACAUAGUCACAGCCACUGACCCCCUCCCCCCCCAAAAAAAAAAAAAUCUAAAAACCCCCAAGAGGUAAUUCUCUGAAAGAAACACUGAUUAAUGACUAAGCUUCUUCUUCUCUUGACUUUCAAUCUGGCAGUGGAACCUAGUCUGUGACAAGAAAUGGGUCAAGGCGACAGUGACGUCCAUUCAAAUGGCCGGGGUGUUGGUAGGCGCAGCCACGUCCGGUCAGCUCGGGGACUAUUUCGGGCGAAAGAAGACUACAUACGGGUUCUUUUUGGCUCAUCUUUUCUUCAAUGUCAUCGCAGCUUUUUCUGUCAACUGGGAGAUGUUCGCUUGUGCGAGAUUUCUCAUAGGCAUCACAAUUGGUAUGUUAAUUAACAUUGAAGCGAAGAGCUUUGAGAUUGUAUAGUUAAUUAACAUAGAAAAAUACCGGUAGUUCGUUAAUAUCAAAGACUGUUAUACAUUAUCUAUAUAUAUAUAUAAAUAUAAGAAUAAGCAAAUGAACAAUCUCAAAUCUAAAUUUUGAAUGAAACUCAAAAAAGAAAAUUGUUAUUAAUUUCAAAAGAGAAAAAUUUUUAACUUGCAAAUAAAAAGAGUUAAGUUUCAUUGACAAAACUGAUCAAGUAUUUGGUCCUUUUUAAAAGUAAAAUUAAUAAAUAAAAUCGAUUGCCUUUUGGAUUGUUGAUAUUUCACAUUUAAUAAGUUUUUACUUAUUUUACGUUACAAAAAUAUACUAUCAUCAAAUUGAUAAAUUUAUCAAAAAUUAACGUUUAAAAAUAAUCUUAAUAUAUACAUUUGAAACUUCCCACAGACUAUUAAUAGUCUAAUUAAAUAAUCCCAUUUAAAAUAAUUAUUUUUUAUUAAUAUUAUUUUUUACUUGAACAAUUCCAAUCACCAUAGGAUCUUCUCUCGUGAUGACAGUUCCCUAUUGUAGUGAGUAUUUGCCCCCAAAAUGGCGGUCUCUGGUCCCAGUGAUUCCUGUGUGGAGUAUCGGCACCUCCUUGUUUGCAUUAGCGGCUUAUUUUCUCCAAGACUGGGCGCACCUGCAUUUUGCAUUAGUUGCUCUCUGUGUUCCGUGGCUGUUUGGAUAUUUGUACGUUGUAGACUUAAUUUCUGUGUUUUUAGAUACGUAUACCUUGUUCAUAUUCAAGAAGUUGUGAAGCUACAGGAGAAAUUGUGGUGCUGUGUACUUGUGGAUUUAAUUUAAAGAUGAGCUCUGCUAAAUUAUGAAGCGCUGUGGUUUAACAUUUUGACUCGACUUUCAAUGGUUAAUUUUCGAUUGAUUUAUUUAAAAUAAAUUCUCUUUAGUUGUACACGUUUGAUAGGAUAAUUUAUUAACCUAUGGUUACACCAUAGCUGUAAAUAUAACGGAGGGUACGGUAGUCUAAUGAACAGUUAUCUUUACAUUGAUGAACUAUGGAAGCUUUGAAUUGAAUUGAAUAUUUAUAUAAUAGCUCUUGUAUCCAUGCUACGCUAGCACGCUCACAGCGCUCUCAUGUUCUUAAAAUCUAUUUACAUAAAAAAUUAUUUAAAUGUUUCUUAAAUUAUUUUUCAUCAUUUUCAAUUUCCAUCAAGGAUUGGGGCAAACUGUUCCAUAAUUUUGGCGCUAUCGCUUCAAAAGAACGCACUCAGUAAGACUUUUGUUUGUGUUUCUCCACACUUGAAACUCCCAGUAAGGACUAUGUUGAAGACCGCAGUUCUUUAAGGAUGCGUGUUUAUAAAUCAGUUCCUUAAGAUAUUCUAUACAAGCUGUACUGCAGGGACAGAGCCUUCUAUACAAGCUGUAUGGCAGGGACAGAGCCUUCUAUACAAGCUGUACGGCAGGGACAUAGCCUUCUAUACAAGCUGUACGGCAGGGACAGAGCCUUCUAUACAAGCUGUACGGCAGGGACAGAGCCUUCUAUACAAGUUGUACGGCAGGGACAGAGCCUUCUAUACAAGCUGUACGGCAGGGACAGAGCCUUCUAUACAAGCUGUACGGCAGGGACAGAGCCUUCUAUACAGCUGUACGCCAGGGACAGAGCCUUCUAUACAGCUGUACGCCAGGGACAGAGCCUUCUAUACAGCUGUACGCCAGGGACAGAGCCUUCUAUACACGACAUGCGGUCCCUGUCUCGCUUCUAUACAGCUGUACGCCAGGGACAGAGCCUUCUAUACAGCUGUACGCCAGGGACAGAGCCUUCUAUACAGCUGUACGCCAGGGACAGAGCCUUCUAUACUGCUGUACGCCAGGGACAGAGCCUUCUAUACAGCUGUACGCCAGGGACAGAACUUUGUAGUCAAUGCGCUCACUCACAGGAACCCAAUGGAGUUCUCUAAGAACUGGGGUGAUGUGGUCAGAUUUCUUUAUUCGCGAUACAAUGCGUGCUGCAGUAUUUUGUACCUUCUGGAGUCUCUGAAUUUGAUUCUGGGGUAAGCCCCAAAAAGAACUGUUACAGUAAUCUAAUCUUGACUGGAUUAGAGUUACUGCUUCAUCAUUGGCUUAUUGAGUUUAGGAUGCAGUUGACCCAGGACUCGUAGACGACAGGAGCAUGCCCUGACCACAGAACUGAUAUGGGGAAUCAUUCUAAGUUUACUGUCAAUAUAUAAGCCAAGUUCUCUGACAGUGGAGGACAACAGGAUCUCAGAAUCACCAACUUUUAUUGACGUGAUGGCAACCUGCCGAAGAUUGGCGUUCGAACCACAAUUAAUUGCAUCAGUCUUAUCAUCAUUCAAUUUGUUUGAUGACAUCCAUUCGUUCAGAACAAGCUUCAUUGACAAUGUCUUAAAUUUCACCAGAAAGCACUAAAUAAUAUCGCUUUAAACAAAGUUACCACGUUGUCCUCAUGACGCAUUGCUUGGGUCGGGUGAUUAGAAACUUUAUUAAUACAUUUAAUUAAUACAAAGCAUCUCCCCAUAUAAGGAUUCAAGGAAGUAUUCUUUAAACCAACAUUUCUUUCCUAUCGAUUUCGACAGUUAUUUUCCAGAAAGUGUUCGUUGGCUAGCUGUUCAGGGGCGUAUCAAGGAGGCGUAUAAAGUUGUUGAGCAAAUGGCCAGAACUAAUGGUAAACUCGUCCCGCCUUACACAAUGGCCACCUUGCAGGUAACUCAUUUUAUUCUGUCGCUAGUCUAAAUUUUGCAUGAAGUAAGCCUCCAGAAAAUGAGGAAAAAAAACUGUUUAAAAUUGUGUAUUAGUAUUUUUUUUGUUUAUAUAUGUUAUUGUUGUUUCCAGGAAAUCGAUAAGACGGAAAGAGAAGGACGAAAAUCUGGGAAGACAUAUUCCUACAUCGAUGUCUUCAGAGGCCGACAGAUGGCUAAAAUUUCGAUUAUCUUUUGUUUUCAAUGGUUGGUCCUUAGAUCUGUGUUAGUGGGUCUCAGGUCUUUACUUUUUUUUUUAUCACAUUCAAUCUAUAGCUAAACGUGUAUUCACUACCAUUUUGUUUCACAUUUCAUACUUCUGUGUACUACAGAACUAUAUGAUUUUGCACAAGUUUGAUCAAACGCUUUUAUUUUUAAAAAAACAACUUUGAUUUGUAAAUUACAUCGAAUGCUACAUCUAUUGCCUUGAUUGUGCCAUGCUACAUCUACUGCCUUGAUUGUGCCAUGCUACAUCUACUGCCUUGAUUGUGCCAUGCUGCAUCUACUGCCUUGAUUGUGCCAUGCUGCAUCUACUGCCUUGAUUGUGCUAUGCUACAUCUACUAACUUGAUUGUGACAUGCAACAUGUACUGCCCUGAUUGUGCCAAGUUACUAGAAUUUAAAAUGUAAUGCAAUUUUACUGCUGUAAUGCGAUUCGAUCUCCACUAAAACUAAAUACAACUAAAUAUUAAUAAACUCCGCUUCAUAAGAAGGCUGGCUCCCGCGAACAAUUCACUAAACAUUCUCUAAAAGUUCAACAAAUAUGCACCAAAUCUUCACCGAAUAUCCAACAUGCAUCCACCAAACAUUCACUUUCAUCUACCCUUUACAAACCGAGAUGAUUUCACUUAACCAAAGCAACAGUCAUUGCAUAUGUGUGUCUUAUGAUUUCACUUAACCAAAGCAACAGUCACUGCAUAUGUGUGUCUUAUGACCUAGGAAAGAGUUCGGACCAGCGCAAACAAGCAAAGGCAAAACAAAAGUUAAUGUUAUCCACAGGAUGACCAUCUCCAUGGUGUUUUACGGACUGUCCUUUGGUGUGUCCAGUUUUGCUGGCAAUCUCUAUCUGAAUAUUUUCAUCAUGGCCAGCGUGGAAAUACCUACAAACUUGAGUGUUUUGUACUGGAACAAUAGGCAAGUAUAUUUAACUUAUGCAAUGUUCGGUAUGUGUUUGUACUGGAACAAUAGGCAAGUAUAUUUAACUGAGGCAAUGGUCGGUAUGUGUUUGUACUGGAACAAUAGGCAAGUAUAUUUAACUGAGGCAAUGUUCGUUAUGUGUUUGUACUGGAACAAUAGGCAAGUAUAUUUAACUGAGGCAAUUGUCGGUAUGUGUUUGUACUGGAACAAUAGGCAAGUAUAUUUAACUGAGGCAAUGUUCGGUAUGUGUUUGUACUGGAACAAUAGGCAAGUAUAUUUAACUGAGGCAAUGGUCGGUAUGUGUUUGUACUGGAACAAUAGGCAAGUAUAUUUAACUGAGGCAAUGGUCGGUAUGUGUUUGCACAGGAACAAUAGGCAAGUAUAUUUAACUGAGGCAAUGGUCGGUAUGUGUUUGUACUGGAACAAUAGGCAAGUAUAUUUAACUGAGGCAAUGGUCGGUAUGUGUUUGUACUGGAACAAUAGGAAAGUAUAUUUAACUGAGGCAAUGGUCGGUAUGUGUUUGUACUGGAACAAUAGGCAAGUAUAUUUAACUGAGGCAAUGUUCGGUAUGUGUUUUGUACUGGAACAAUAGGCAAGUAUAUUUAACUGAGGCAAUGGUCGGUAUGUGUUUGUACUGGAACAAUAGGCAAGUAUAUUUAACUGAGGCAAUGGUCGGUAUGUGUUUGUACAGGAACAAUAGGCAAGUAUAUUUAACUGAGGCAAUGGUCGGUAUGUGUUUGUACAGGAACAAUAGGAAAGUAUAUUUAACUGAGGCAAUAUUCGGUAUGUGUUUGUACUGGAACAAUAGGCAAGUAUAUUUAACUGAGGCAAUGGUCGGUAUGUGUUUGUACUGGAACAAUAGGCAAGUAUAUUUAACUGAGGCAAUGUUCGUUAUGUGUUUGUACUGGAACAAUAGGCAAGUAUAUUUAACUGAGGCAAUUGUCGGUAUGUGUUUGUACUGGAACAAUAGGCAAGUAUAUUUAACUGAGGCAAUGUUCGGUAUGUGUUUGUACUGGAACAAUAGGCAAGUAUAUUUAACUGAGGCAAUGGUCGGUAUGUGUUUGUACUGGAACAAUAGGCAAGUAUAUUUAACUGAGGCAAUGGUCGGUAUGUGUUUGCACAGGAACAAUAGGCAAGUAUAUUUAACUGAGGCAAUGGUCGGUAUGUGUUUGUACUGGAACAAUAGGCAAGUAUAUUUAACUGAGGCAAUGGUCGGUAUGUGUUUGUACUGGAACAAUAGGAAAGUAUAUUUAACUGAGGCAAUGGUCGGUAUGUGUUUGUACUGGAACAAUAGGCAAGUAUAUUUAACUGAGGCAAUGUUCGGUAUGUGUUUUGUACUGGAACAAUAGGCAAGUAUAUUUAACUGAGGCAAUUGUCGGUAUGUGUUUGUACUGGAACAAUAGGCAAGUAUAUUUAACUGAGGCAAUGUUCGGUAUGUGUUUUGUACUAAGACUAACGUCAUGUGUGUUACACGUCUGACUAGCAUUUCUCAAUUGUACGCUCUUUGUACGCUUAAUACAAAAUUACAAUUAAACAUUAACUCUACAGAUUACUUUUCUCAACACUCGCCCCUGAAAUCUAAUGAUAACCACAUGAGUUAUUAUGCCAUGUAAAUCUAAAGGAAUCUUAAAUGCCCUAUAAUACAAUACAUGUACUAUGAACCACUAAAUGUCUAAUGAUAAAAUACAUGCACUAUGAAUCACCAAAUGUUCAAUUAUAAAAUACAUGUCUUAUGAAACACUUGAUGUCCAACGAUAAAAUACAUGUACUAUGAAACAAUAAAUGUCCAAUGAUAAAAUACUUGUACUAUGAAAUACUAAAUUUUCAAUGAUAAAAUACGUGUACUCUGAAACAAAAAAUGUCCAGUGAUAUAAUACAUAUAUCAUGAACUACUAAAUGCCUUAUGAUACAAUGCAAGUACCAUAAUCCACUAAAUGUCUUAUGAUACAAUGCAUGUACCAUGAACUACUAAAUGUCUUAUGAUACAAUGCAUGUACCAUGAACUACUAAAUGUCUUAUGAUACAAUGAAUGUACCAUGAACUACUAAAUGUCGUAUGAUACAAUGCAUGUACCAAGAACUACUAAAUGUCUUAUGAUACAAUGCAUGUACCAUGAACUACUAAAUGUCUUAUGAUACAAUGCCUGUACCAAGAACUACUAAAUGUAUUAUGAUACAAUGCAUGUACCAUAAUCCACUAAAUGUCUUAUGAUACAAUGCAUGUACCAUAAUCCACUAAAUGUCUUAUGAUACAAUGCAUGUACCAUGACUACUAAAUGUCCUAUGAUACAAAGCAUGUUGAAUAAAACACCUAUGCCCUAUGACAAAAUGCCUUUUUACCCAUCUGGGGCUCAAUCCGUCCACAAGAAUGUUUCAUUAAUAACGGUCCAAUGCUUUCCUUUCCAGAUGCUUUCAGGUGUACCCCAUACUUCGCGUGUCUGCCUCUAGUUCGCGCCUCCAUGUAUUCUUUGGCCUUUCUCUCCUUUUUCCGUGUGGAUUCCAUUUUAGGGAUUGUCUGGUUAUGGUAUCUGGAAUUUUUCAGAGAGUAUGUCCUAUCUAUCUCCAUCAUUUCUUAUGAGUCUUAAUCAACGGGCACCUGGUAAGUCCUUUCUAAUAGAUCUUUUUUGGGGAUGGUAUUUGGCCAUUUGAUGUUCAGGAUCUUUCUAAGGCAUUCUUUUAUGAAGGUCUGUACAUUCUGCGUAAUGCUCGCUGUUGUUUUCCAAGUUUCUAUUCCAUAUAGUAGGACCGCUUGACAGUUGUGUUAAAGAUUCUGACUUUGGUUUGCAGCUUCAAAAUUUUCGGCUCCCAUAUUUUCUUUAAUAGCACAAAUGCUGAUCUAUAUACUAUGAACUACUAAAUGUCCUAAGAUGCAAUGUAGUUCAUCUGUGUUAUUAAAUCAUAUGAUGCAUUUCAGUCACAUGAUAGAAUUCCUGUAUAUAACAAAUAUGAACAUUUCAGUCAUAUGAUAGAAUUCCUGUAUAUAACAGAAGAGCAUUGACAGGUUGGAGACGGUCCAGCGACGAGCAGCACGUUUUGUCCUAAACCGCUACAGGAAUACCUCUAGUGUUGGCAGCAUGCUAGAAACACUAGGCUGGUCACCAUUGGAGAAACGACGACAAUCCAGGCUCUCCAUGAUGUACAAGAUAAAUAAUGGACUGGUCCACUGUUCCAGUAUUAAACAGAAACUCGUCCCUCUCCCCCAUAGACACUGACGAGGCCAUGACAGGCAAUUGAGGCUCAUACCAGCAAGAAGUUAUUAUAGGAACUGCUCAUUCCUGCCCAAGACAAUCCGGGACUGGAACCAUCUUUCAAAAGGAAAAGUUGAGGCGACAACACUAGACACAUUUGUGUCUAUUGCCUCAAGCCUUCAAACCCCUAGUGCAUAAUUAUUUCCUCAUCACCACCAGUAACAGAAACAUUGCAAAUCCCAUCUACAUGCAUAGGAGCCAAAAUGAUCAAUAAAUUGAUCGUGGGCCCUUAAGAUAUAGAAGAAGAAGAAGAAUGAACAUUUCAGUAAUUUGAUAGAAUUCCUUUAUAUAACACAUAUGAACAUUUCAGUCAUAUGAUAUAAUUCCUGUAUAUAACACAUAUGAACAUUUCAGUCAUAUGAUAGAAUUCCUGUAUAUAACACAUAUGAACAUUUCAGUCAUAUGAUAGAAUUCCUGUAUAUAAUACAUAUGAACAUUUCAGUCAUAUGAUAGAAUUCCUGUAUAUAACACAUAUGAACAUUUCAGUCAUAUGAUAGAAUUCCUGUAUAUAACACAUAUGAACAUUUCAGUCAUAUGAUAUAAUUCCUGUAUAUAACACAUAUGAUGCAUUUCAGGCAUAUGAUAGAAUUCUUUUAUAUAACACAUAUGAACAUUUCAGUCAUAUGAUAGAAUUCCUUUAUAUAACACAUAUGAACAUGUCAGUCAUAUGAUAGAAUUCCUUUAUAUAACACAUAUGAACAUUUCAGUCAUAUGAUAGAAUUCCUUUAUAUAACACAUAUGAACAUUUCAGUAAUAUGAUAGAAUUCCUUUAUAUAACACAUAUGAACAUUUCAGUCAUAUGAUGUAAUUCCUUUAUAUAAUACAUAUGAACAUCUCAGUCAUAUGAUAGAAUUCCUUUAUAUAACAAAUGAACACUUCAGUCAUAUGAUAGAAUUCUUUUAUAUAACACAUAUGAACAUUUCAGUCAUAUGAUAGAAUUACUUUAUAUAACACAUAUGAACAUUUCAGUCAUAUGAUAGAAUUUCUGUAUAUAACACAAAUGAACAUUUCAGGCAUAUGAUAGAAUUCCUUUAUAUAACACAAAUGAACAUUUCAGGCAUAUGAUAGAAUUCCUUUAUAUAACACAUAUGAACAUUUCAGGCAUAUGAUAGAAUGCCUUUAUAUAACACAUAUGCACAUUUCAGAUUCGGACGACGUAAGACAACUAGUACAUUCCUAAUGUUGUCCUGUCUAUCAAGUUUCGGAUGUCUGGCUGCUCGUUUUGCUGGUGAGGUCACUUCAGUCUUGUCACUGUACAUUUCAAAGUUGAGACAUUCUAAGACAGUACACUAAAGAUUGUCACAAAAUUUUUAAAACAAAUAUAAGAAAUUAAUCAAGCAAAUAAAAAAGGAACAGAUAAACUUUAGAAAAAAAUUAUAUAAUGAUAAAAAUAACAAUUUUAAUGACGUCACAAAAUAUAUUAUUACUUGUUGCCAUGACAACAGCGCCAGAAAACCUAAAACAAGAAAUCAUGAGUGGACUCAGUCUAACAGCCAAGUUGGGAGUGGCGUCGGGCUGGGUCAGCACCCAGGUCUGGGUGGGAGAGUGCUACCCUACAGUCAUAAGGUCAGUUUUCUAACCAGGUUAGCAGCUUUGAGUUGGAGAGUGGUAAACUAUAAUCACAAGGUCAUUUCUCUAACUAGGUUGGCAGUCAUGUUUGGGUGGGACAGUGUUACCCUAUGGCAAGCCAUCGCGUGACUUUUGGAUCCCUCUGCCAUUUUUUUGUUUUGAGCCCCUAAUAAGAGAUUCAAUUUUGUCCACCUCACUAUUUUUGCUCUGAACUAUAAACUAUGAAAGACUGUAAUGAGGGGUUGCAGGACCCUCGCAUCGAAUCUGCCCUACAGUCAUGGGCGCCCGCAGGUAGGGGCAAGGGGGGCACUUCCCCCCCCCCUGGAUUGAUUGGAUAAAAAAAUUAUAGACUAAAAUAGACAAAAAAUGUAUUAAAGUAAAGAGAAAAUAAAGAGAAAGUAACUGAGCUGAUGUCCUGUCCGUUCUUUCACCAUACCAAUACGCUACAGUCAAUUAAAACUAUAUUAAAACAUUAUUAAAAAUUUUUUGCCCACCCCCCUUGGAAAGUUAAUCGAUUUUUUUGCCCCCCCCCCCUAGAAAGUUUUCUGCGGGCGCCCAUGCCUACAGUCACAGAUUGAAGUGAAUUCAAGUCUUUGUAUAGUUAGUUGUAAUAAAAAAAUACAAUUGAGCCAUUUUGUUGAUCACGUGUUUCAAUUUAAGUUUACACUUAAAACACUAGGAAGGAGACAAUAAAUUGUUAUUUUUGUAAUUGUUUUUUUAAAAACUAAUUUUUUCUUAGGAGUUUGGGUUACGGAGUGGUGAACACAGCAGCGAGGAUUGGUGGAAUACUUGCGCCCUUUGCCAUCAAUCUGGUCAGUUAGUAUUUACAAAUAAAAUUAGCUGAUUGCUAAUGAAAUAAAUAUAUCAUCAAGCUGAAUUAGAUAAGACUAUGGCACAUAAGUCAGCGUAUAAGAAGUUCAACAUAUAAUCUACCCAUAUAUAAAUCAAGCAAUACAUAUAUCAAUACAAAAAUAUCAACCUUCAUAAAAAUCAAUUAUAGAUAAUGAGAGUGUGAGUGUUAAUUAAAACUUAAAAUUAACACUUAGUUAAUCAAUAGUGAAUGCAUUUUUUUUCAAGGACGAUAAUGCCAUCGUAUCCUACGUCGUGAUGGGUUGUCUGCUCCUAGUCUCCGUGACUCUUCUCACGCUCAUCCCAGAGACCAACAAUACAGCUCUCCAGGAUAGCGUCAGGAUGGCAGCCAGCAAUCACGUGAUCAUCGUCCCAGAAACCCCUACCUCUGGUGUCUUUAAAACCUCUUCAUUUGAAGACCUUGAAAAUGUCAGCGGAACACAAAUGAAUCAUUUCAAGACUCCUGAGAAAUGUACGGGUAACUGUGUUGAUGACGUGAAAAAUGUCAGUGAUGUCAUAGAUUCUGGGAAUACAAACCACAGAGAUAUCCAUAUCGGAAAUUCCAGUUGCAAUGACAAAAUGGGAAAUUCAAACAAAGGUGAUGACUCAGCAGCUCUGACUUCCUCUGAGCAAUCGGGAAUUUAUGAGAAUGUGGAAGAAACCAUGUGUGCACAGACUGGUGAAAAUACCCGGAUCACCCAAUCUGACGUAGCUACGCUAAUUGCAGGGAACUGUGAAAGAAAGGCAGUUUCUGAAAAACCUAAUACUAAACUUAGUAAAGCAUCACAAUUUGCUGUGGCCACACACGAACAAAAGUGCUGUGCGAAUAUUGACAAUGUUGUUGAAAAGCUAGUUUCGGACAAUGACCAACCAAUCAAAGUGCUUGAUGAAUUUGACAAUCAUGGGUUUGUUUACGAUUCAAGGCUGUAAAGAAAAAUGUAAAUAUUCGGUUUUGUCUAUUACAAAACAUCACAAAUGGGUGAUAAUAUUUGAGACGCUGUCCACAAAUUAAACCAUCACAAUCAUGACUUAUAUACUACAGCUUUGUUUUAAUUACAUGCUUUUAUUAAAUUUAUAUGUUUUAUAGAGAUAAUUUAUUUCUUCUUUUCUCAUCCGAGUGCGUUAGGGUCC